AUGGCACCAUCAACAAUGUUCAAGAACCGGUCCUUCACAUUUUCCCCCUUUUCUGCAAGUCCCAAUGAUAGAAACUCUCGCUACCCGCGGAAUGUUUCGAAUGAGAUUCGUGCGCGAAAAACUCCACUAAUCGCGGUAAUUGGAGUUGGCUUUGUUGGGGCGGGACUUAUCGACUCAUUUUCGUCAAGAUAUAAUGUCCUGGGCUUUGAUGUCGAUAAAGACAGAAUACACGAUUUGAGAAAAGAAUACCGCUCGCGGCCGAAUGUCACACUAACGUCAACCGAAAGUGACCUUGGCAAAGCGACGCACUUUCUCAUUUCAGUACCAACCCUGCUGCGUCUGGACAAAUCGAUCAAUCUUUCUUAUCUGGAAAAUGCCUUGCAAAAGGUAGAGCAACAUGCCAAACGCGGGUCUACUGUUGUCAUUGAAAGCUCAGUCGCCGUGGGACAUACCCGUGAGCUCCUUGGACCCAUUGCGAUGGCACGAGGACUUUUUGCCGGAAUGUCACCUGAGCGUAUCGAUCCUGGCCGGACUGACCCUCCGAUGCAAUCUAUUCCUAAGAUUGUAUCAGGUCUUGAUGAUCUUAUCCCAGGCUCGUUAGACGCCAUACAGCGGGUAUAUAGCCACGUUUUUGAUGUGGUUAUUCCAGUCUCGUCACCUGAGGUAGCCGAAAUGACUAAGCUCUAUGAGAAUUGCCAACGAAUGAUAGGCAUUGCGUACGCCAACGAGAUGGCUGAUGCUUGUCAAUCCCUUGGUAUAGACCCAUUUGAGGUUUGCCGCGCCUCAGCAACAAAGCCCUUUGGGUAUUUACCAUUCAAUCCUAGCGCGGGCAUUGGAGGUCAUUGUAUCCCAGUAAACCCUCAUUAUCUUUUUGCUACCUGCGACUUUCCACUCCUCAAGAUGGCCACUGAAGCAAUGGAUAAACGCCCUGCUCAGGUAGCUGACGAUAUUCUACGAACCUUCUCUGGCGAAGCAAAAAACAGAGAUUCCGGAGCGGAAUUGGAUCGCAAGGUACUUGUUGUCGGCGUUGGUUUCAAAGCAGGACAACGGCAUCUCGUCAACUCUCCCGGAUUGAGGCUUGCCAGAGAGCUCAAGAGAUCCGGCCUAGCAGUAUCGUUUGCGGACAAACUUGUGCAACAGAUGGAUGUACCAGACAUUGGCCGCCUCGAUGAUGAUGAUUGGGUCGAAGGGAAAUUGGGAGAGUUUGACUUGAUUGUUGUGUGUCAUAAACAAUGGGGCAUGGACUUUGCGGUGCUUUCCCGGCUGGAAGGUGUUGAAGUGCGAAUGUGGUGUGAGUAG